AUGGAGGCCCAAUUGCCGGACGACAAUGGAGUCCGGUUUGAAGAGUUUGUGCGUGACGAGUAUGACAUUGACAUGGAUGAAAGAGGGUAUUCAGAGGUCACAAGCAGGCCGAACCCCGAUGAGAUACUUCCCUCAAUUGGGGAGGAUGUACUGAACCAUCUCGCAUCCAGUUUGCAUGAGGUGAAGUAUGCGGACUCUGCUGACCAACCAGUAGCGAUCAAGAAGGAGUGGCAGAAGGCCAUGGAACAUGGUAUCAAUUUAGACGUGAAUCUCCUGGUCCACUUUGAAAGUAUCCAAGGGGUCAUCCGGCAGGGGCCAAUAAUCUGCGGCUUGGCCUCUCCUUCCAGUGCCGGAGAUUGCGUACCUCGAAAGGCGCACCCCUGCCCCGGCGCAAUCUCGAUUUGGAAACCCGUGUGGGGUACGAGCUUGCUUAAAGUUUAUCCUGGAUCGCACAAGUUCCAGACAAUAGAGGAACUGCUGGAGAGCGGGAUCAGUCCUGUCACGCUACUACUAUAUCCUAACCAGGUCCUUUUCACCUGUGGCGGUCUGUGGAUAGAGGAAGGAAGUGGGGAAGGCUACCUGAUGUGGAUGGGAGUAUCUUUUAGCAUUAUUGGCCUACACGUCGACAAAUACUGUCUGGCUUUCAUAGCUCUGGCCUAUAAAGCUUCCCAGUUCCUUUCUUGGCAGUUACCACUUGGAAGAAUCAAGGGGGAUGCUGAGAAGCUCAUUCAACAGCAUCCCCCAUAUCCUCUCGAAGACAGACCAUCUCCCAGGGGAAGUGGACGGUCAGAAUCUGCAGAACGAAUCCUGGAGCUCUCUGUUGAAGGGUAUGAGAGGAUAGAAAGAUUCUUGGCUGAGCUAGGUGAUCCGACGCGGUUAAUUCUUUCCGCAAGCUAUGCUGCGACCGACAAUCCCAUAACAGCAUUCCUUACCUGUCAUAGGUCUGAGGAUCCGAAUGAUUGGCUUAUGCGUGCUGUUGCGACUCAGUUACUCGUUUGCCAAUACCGCAGCGGAUCUUACACGUCAGUUACCGAAUUUCUGCGGUUGGCGGGUUUGCCCGAUACGAGGCAUACAAGGAAUGCUCUUGCAAAUGGCUUGAAAAUGGACUAUUUCAAAGUUCCGGGUCUUUGGAUUGUCAUGAUGCGUGUUAUUUCGAGAUUCCCCCAGCUGCCCAUUCCGGAGGUACAUCGUAUCCCUGCGUUACUUAGUCAAUAUGGUGUUGUCCAGAACGCAGGCUCGCGAUGGACUAGGUUCAUGGAGGAGUCUGUUCGGUUGUAUUCCAUGUCAAUUAGCAGUCUGAGAGAUGAUCAUUGA